UAGAGUUUCACAACAACAUGUCUCUCUUGUGCGUCAAGUCGGUGUAUAUAAUUGCUUAGCAAAAGCAAGAAUAACCAUUUGGACCGUAGCAGUACAACAGUAUGGACGAUUUCUGCGGAGGUGAACCCGUCUGGAAUGACAGUUACUUCACGAACACGUCAUGGCCACAAUUUACUGAUUGUUUUCAACAGACUUUAUUAGUGUGGGUUCCAUGUGGUUGGUUGUGGAUUACUUCCCCUUUAUACAUAUAUUAUCUGUGUUCAUUAAAAGAUGGCAUCACUCAUCCUGUUAAUUUACUUAAUACCCUUAAAACAUUUUUUAGUUUAUUUUUAUGUUUACUAUCUGUGAUAGAGAUAAUUAAAACAGCGGGUGAUGAAAAGAAAUCAGCAGUACCAGAUUCUUUAUAUGUUAGUAACGCAAUUCAAGCUGCUACUUUUUUGUUUGCAACAUUUAUUAUACAGUUAGAGAGAUUUAAAGGCUUAAUUACAUCAGGAAUAUUAUUUAUAUUUUGGUUACUCACCUUUGUAGCAUCAAUAAUACCAUUUUAUAGUAAAAUAUUUCAAGAGGAAUAUGAUACUGAUGUAUUCCGCUUUUCUCUCUUCUAUAUAUACUUUACGUUUGUAUUCAUUGAAUUAAUAUUAUCAUGUUUUGCGGAAAAACUACACAGAAAUGGCUACCAUGUGCUGGGCUUGAAAGCCUCACCAGAACAAAGUGCUUCUUUUUUAAAUAGAUUAGUUUUUCAUUGGAUUAAUCCACUUAUCUUCACCGGUUAUAAGAAAUCUUUAGUAGAAGAUGACCUUUUUGAACUGCAUCCUAGAGAUCAAAGUUCAAAUUUUGUGCCAUAUUUUUACAAGAAAUGGACAAAUGAACUGGAGAAAGUAAGAAAGCUGAAUGAGAUAAUUAAAAGGAAGGCAAAUACAUCUGUACAAUUCUCUAUGAAUGGAGGGGGUCAGAUCCAGUCAUCUCAUUCUGAAGAUACAGAAAGAACACCUCUACUUCCAGCUAAAGAGGUGGAAAUAAAAGGAGGAAGAGAUAAUGGACCAAAAUUAAAGGAUGCCUCUCUUUUAAAAGUUUUAGCAAUAACAUAUGGUCCUACUCUAUUGAAGGCUCACGCGUGUAAAUUUAUCUACGAUUUAUUGCAGUUUGUUAGUCCAACUUUAUUAAACGUUUUGAUAGCGUAUACCAGUAAUCAUGCAACAGAACCAGAAUGGAAGGGCUACGUUUAUGCUUCCUCUUUCUUUGUUGUGGCUAUCGUCCAAUCAGCUUUCUUUCAUCAGAAUUUCCAUAUUGGUAUGACAUUAGGAAUGCGAGUCAAAUCUUCUGUUAUUUCAGCUAUUUAUAGAAAGGCAAUGACAAUAGACAGUGAGGCUAGGAAAGCAUCAACUGCUGGUGAAAUAGUCAACUUGAUGUCCGUGGAUGCUCAGAGAUUACAGGAUAUCACAGGAUAUUUAUGGAUGAUGUGGUCCGCUCCGUUACAGAUUAUACUCGCUAUGUAUUUAUUGUGGGGAACUCUAGGACCGUCUGUUCUCGCUGGACUCGGUGUUAUGAUACUACUGAUGCCCAUCAAUGGUGUGAUUGCAGCCAAGUUGCGAAAAUUUCAAAUGGCACAGAUGAAGUUAAAAGAUAAAAGAAUUAAACUGAUGAGUGAAGUACUGAAUGGAAUGAAGGUGCUGAAACUGUAUGCUUGGGAGUUAUCCUUCCAAGAAAAGAUCUCAGAGAUCAGAAAUCAAGAAUUAGAUAUUUUAAGAAAAUCUGCUUACUUAAAUGCAUUUGGUACUUUUACAUGGACAUGUGCUCCUUUCCUGGUUACCUUGGCAACAUUUGCUACAUAUGUAUUAUCCUCAACAGAGAAUUAUCUAGAUGCCCAGAAAGCCUUCGUAGCUCUAUCUUUGUUUAAUAUUUUAAGAUUUCCUAUGACUUUGUUACCUAUGUUGCUGUCCUUUAUUGUACAAGCUAAUGUAUCUAUAGGACGUAUCGGAAAGUUUUUACGCCAUGGAGACCUAGAUACUGAUAAUGUUUCAAAAGACAGUUCUUAUGCUGAUGUCAUCCAUGUUGAAGAUGGAACAUUUACAUGGGAUAAAACAGCCACGAAGCCUACUCUUAGAAACAUCAAUUUGAGAGUACCACAUGGUAAACUGGUAGCAGUAGUUGGUCAGGUCGGAGCUGGUAAAUCAUCUAUUGUGUCGGCCAUCUUGGGAGAAAUGGAAAAACUAAAGGGGAAAGUCAAUGUUAAGGGAUCUACAGCAUAUGUACCACAAGAAGCCUGGAUACAGAAUGCUACUGUAACAGAUAAUAUAUUAUUUGGUAGUGGAAUGAAUAAUAAAAGAUAUGACGAUAUAUUAGAUGCAUGUGCAUUAAAACCUGAUCUAGAAAUAUUACCUGGUGGAGAUCAAACAGAAAUUGGUGAAAAGGGAAUCAAUCUGAGUGGAGGACAGAAACAGAGAGUUAGUUUAGCUCGAGCUGUUUAUAGUAACACUGAUAUUUAUCUUCUAGAUGAUCCACUCAGUGCCGUCGACUCACACGUAGGAAAACAUAUCUUUGAAAAAGUCAUUGGGGAGAAGGGUUUAUUGAAGGAUAAGACAAGAAUUUUAGUAACACAUGGUGUGCAUUGGUUACCGAUGGUAGAUAAUAUUGUGGUUGUUAUAGAUGGAGAAAUUUCAGAAGUUGGAUCCUACGAUGAAUUAUUAAGUCAUAAUGGGGCAUUUGCUCAGUUUUUAAAGACAUAUCUAACCGAAGGAGCUGAAUCGGAGGAGGAUGAAGACCCUGAUAUCCAACAGAUAAAAAGUAAGAUACUUGAGAGAGUUGAUUCCGUUACGUCUGAUGGUGCCACAUCCGCAGAUGAAAAAGAGCGAAAAAGAAAAUUAAGUUUAACAAAAUCACCGGAAAAACUAAUCAGACAGAGAAGUCGAAUAUCGGAAACUAUUCCAGAAAUACCCAAAGAUAAAAUACCAAAAGAAGGCGAAAGAUUAAUUUUAGACGAAAAAUCAGAAACUGGAAAAGUACAUCUAUCAGUAUUUGUAGAUUAUAUUAGAGCUGUUGGUUUCUUAGCAGCCUUUUUUAUUAUAUUACUGUACGCUCUCUAUCAGGCAGCUAGCGUCUAUUCUAGCGUUUGGUUAAAAGAUUGGACGGCUGAUCCACUGUUAGCCAAUAGAAGUAUAGCAAAUACCACCAAAUAUCAGGACAAGAAUGCCUUGUAUCUUGGAGUUUAUGGUGCUUUGGGUGUUGGACAAGCUAUCUUUGUGUUGGCGUAUGCCUUAAUAGCCUCGGUUCGAUUUAUCAGAGCUGCUGGCGAACUUCACUUCCGGAUGUUGGCUAACAUUUUACGAUCUCCCAUGUCCUUUUUUGACACGACACCUGUAGGAAGAAUCGUAAACAGAUUUUCAAGGGAUGUGGAAACUGUUGAUAAUAAUUUACCAUCGUUGUUUAGAAGUUGGUUGAAUACUGUAUCAGGUGUGUUGAGUACCCUGAUAGUUAUCAGUUAUUCAACUCCACUGUUCUUAGUUCUGGUUAUACCACUAGGUAUUCUCUACUGGCUAAUACAGAGAUUUUAUGUUCCAACAUCAAGACAGUUAAAACGAUUAGAAUCUACAACACGUUCACCUAUUUAUACUCACUUCGGUGAAACGAUUGCUGGUGCGUCCACUGUCAGAGCUUACGGUUGUACACAAAGAUUUAUAGAUGAAUCACAAUCAAGAGUAGAUAAAAAUUUAGUAUUUUAUUUUGCCGGUAUUGCCUCCAACAGGUGGUUAGGAUUUAGAUUAGAAUUUUUAGGAAGUUUAGUGGUAUUAGCUGCUGCUAUGUUUGCCGUUGUAUCUAAUGAUAGUGGUAUUGUUGGUUUGUCUGUAUCAUAUGCUCUACAGGUGACGGGUUCAUUAAACUGGAUGGUGAGAAUGACAAGUGAUUUAGAGACUAACAUCGUAUCGGUAGAAAGAAUGAAGGAAUAUUCUGAAACUCCAACAGAGGCAGCGUGGAUAUUACCGUUUAGACGUCCACCUGCAGGCUGGCCAGGUCAGGGUGCUGUUAAUUUUGUGAAUUAUAUGACUCGAUACAGACCUGGUCUAGAUCUCGUACUGAAGGGAAUAAGCUGUGAAUUACUUCCAGGUCAAAAGGUUGGAAUUGUGGGUAGAACUGGAGCGGGUAAAUCAUCGUUAACUGUAGCCUUGUUCCGUCUGAUAGAAUCAGCAGGUGGAAGUAUCGUUAUUGAUGGACAGAAGAUCAGUGAUAUGGGUCUACACGACUUACGUUCAAAACUUACCAUCUUACCACAGGAUCCAGUGUUGUUUUCUGGAAGUCUGCGAAUGAAUCUGGAUCCGUUUGAUAAACAUACAGAUGAAGAACUUUGGGUGGCACUAGAACAUGCCCAUCUACGUAAAUUUGUCUCAGAAGUACCAGAAAAGUUGGAAUAUGAAUGUGGAGAAGGUGGCCAUAAUCUGAGUGUUGGUCAGCGCCAGUUGGUAUGUUUAGCGAGAACUCUUUUACGUAAAACUAAGAUAUUAGUUUUAGAUGAAGCUACAGCAGCUGUUGAUAUGGAAACCGAUGACCUCAUUCAACAGACAAUAAGAACAGAAUUUAAAGAUUGUACAGUGUUAACGAUAGCUCAUAGAUUAAAUACUAUCAUGGACUAUGACAGAAUCAUAGUGUUAGAUCAAGGCAAUAUCAAAGAAUUUGAUGCACCAACUACUUUACUACAAAAUAAAAACAGUAGUUUUUAUAGCAUGGCAAAAGAUGCUGGCUUGGUUUAAAGCAAAAUGGCAAAUCGUUUUUUAUAUCAUCAGUUAUAUCAUUCUAAAUCAUACAUCCAAAUCUUGAUUUGUCAUAUUUUAAAUCAUAGAAUAGGACUGAUAGAACUUUUUUAUAUAGAUGAAUGAUGCAUAGAAAUAGUAACCCAAGGGUUGUUGCCAUGGAAACUAACAUUUGUAGUGCAGAUUUGUUUUUUUUUAAUUAUUUUUUUUUUAAUUAUACUUCAUAAAAAAAAAAUGAAAAAAAAAAAAUAUGUUGGUCACGUCAAAAAUGGGAUUAUCUAAACAAUCUCAGGUUAUUGUUAUUAGAACCUCUACUAAAGACAAAUUUCAAUGUAGAUUUAUUCCGAACUUUGUAUUAUUAGUUUUUGUUCUGUGUUGUUGAUUUGAUAUAUUGGCCUGUUCAUGUAACAUUGUUUACAACAUAAUAUCUAUACUAAUAUUUGUGACAGUCUGUUCAGGGUUGGAAGUUACACUGGAGCUGUCCCGAGGCUGAAAUUAGGUGUAAUGGGGUAGCUUGGACCAGGGAGUAACACAGGUCCUGUGCCGUUAGCCUACUGCUUCCAGUUUCGGAGUUAUACUACUUUCAACCCAUGCAGCGCCGGGUCAUCCGCUAGUGUGAAGAUAAAACUAGUGAAACUUUUCUCUUUUAUAUUAAGAUUUCUAUGAAAAAGAAUUGUUUUUAAUAAUCAUAUCAUUUAUAAUUAUUCAUAAUGAGAAGUACCGGUAUUACUAUCUAUUUUUUAAAUGGCUAUAUCAGAAAGUCUCAAAACAAGAUAGAUGCACUUGUUUAAAUAUAUUUGUAUUUUAAUUAUAUAUUAUUUUUGUGAGCACUAUAAACAAAACCACAAUUUAUAUGAUAAACGAACACUUGUCCGUACACAUAUAGCACAACAUUUCGAUAAGUGUUCUCAUAUUGUUACUGAGGGGUUGGAUGGCUAAAUGGUUAGCAUGUGCACAUUGCAUCAUUAGGUCUGUUAUUGAGUCAACUGGCAUGGUUUUGAUUCCCUACUUAUACAUGACAAGGAGUAGAGUUGCCUGUCCAACCUUGUGGGUUUACUCCGGGUCCUCCACUUUCCUCCCACUGCUAAAGACCCCUACACACAAGCGAAUUAUUGAAAUAAAAUUGAACCAAAUGUCAGUCCCGAUAUGACCUAGUGUGUGUUGAGUGGACGUUAAACUCCAUCUCUCUCCCUCUCCCUCGUUACUAACUUAUCAUUUGUGCUUGAUAACAAUAUGAAAGAAUACUUGUCAAAGACAUCGUGCUAUAUGUGUAUAAACCAGUGAUUGUUUUCCAUAUAAAUUGUGUUGUGUAUUUUAUUGUAUGUACUUAAAUGAUUAAUGGAAGUCCAACAGAUGAAACAGAUCUGAUUGGAUGAUAUACAUUUAAAAAUCGGACAAGAUGACCUAACUUGUUGCACUCAAAUAUUUAUCAGGGUAAAAAUUGAAUAUAGUUUGUGAUCUAUUGAUUGUAUUAUUGAUUUUAUCAAUCCAUUUCAUUCUCAUUGUAAUAUCAACAAGAUUUUAUAUUUUAUCAUGAAAAGAUGGGUUGCGAGGUAACGAAACAUACACCCACAGCAGCUAAGUUGUCAGGGCAGUCAACAAGGAUUGUCGCAUAUUUUUUUCAUUUGUUAGUAAGGAGAACGUUUACAACACAUUAAAAUCUUACUACAAUAAUAACCCAUUAAAGAUACAUUGUGGGAGAUAUUUAUAGAGAGUUGGCCAUUCUUGCUAUAACAGUUCAAAAGUAGAUGAUGAAAGAAGAAUAUAUUGAAAAAUUCAGUCAAAUUAAUUUAUUCUGAACAUAGUUAUCAUCGUUGUAAUAUUUGCCUAGAAAUGGUAGCGAAAUGUGUCUUCACCUUCGCCGAACGUUUGAUUGACAGGCGUUGACUCCACCUACAUAUCUCGAUUAUCAAGUAAAGUUUUCAGUGGCAUACGGAAACGCUUUACAGCGGCCUCGCUAAGUACACUCUAUCAUUAAGCCUCGAUCUAACUGACGUAUUUUCAUCAGGUUACCCCUUAUCUGAUUUAAUCAAUUAGUGAAAUCCUAUUUAAAUCCGAGCUGUAGCCGAGCCAUCCGUGGGUCUACAGAGUUGAUAUUGGUCUUGUUGUUUAAAUAAAGGUCUAAUUUAUAAUUUCUAUAACAUCUGAAGCCUAAAUUAAGACUUGCAAUAAUCAGAUUUAGCUCUUGCAUAAUGCAUGUUUAAGUAAUUAUCAGAAAUCAUUAGAAUAUGUUUCAUAACCUUGAACAAUUUAUAUUAACUUUAGCCUCUAGAGCAUCCACAGGUUUUUUCAAUUAUCGGAAAUUGUUGAAAAUAAAUAGGAUCCUUCGUCUCAUGACCUUUAACAAUGUUUAUAAAUUUAAAGUCAAUCAGAUAUUGUCUUUAAGUUAAGUGGCAUGGUUUUAUUUCCACGCUUGUAAGGUCACCUGUCCUUCCAUUGCUAAAGAUCCCUACACUCAAGUUAAUUAUAGAAAUAAAAUUGAAACAUGUUAGUCCCAAAAUGAUGUUAAACCCCAUUUCUCUCUCUGAGUGGAAUGGAAGCAUAUAUAAGCCAAUUAUAUUCCAUUUAGAAAUCCAACUCUCACAAUGCUCCAGAUCGCAAGGGAUUCACAGUCCAUUAAACGAUGAUCCUGGACAUCAUAUCCUGGACAUCAUAUCCUGGACAAAAGUCCAAAAGAAAUUUGAAAUUUCGCUAAUAAUAUACCUCUCAUAUUUUUUUUAGAUUUACAUAUUACUCUAAUACAUUUGUUGUUUUGAUACAGAAAUAUAUUAACUAGUGCCAAGUAAUUCCAUUUGUUCAUGCACAUGGUUGUAAUUAGUUUUAUUUUCUCAAGCUGUAACAUAAUUCUUUGAUUCUCAAGUGUCAAAUUUUCUUCUUUUUUUUUUUUUUUGGCAUCAAUUUUAGACUUGUGUGAGAUUUUGAUUUUGCCAUGAAACUGCUCAUUUGUUUUGAUCAAUGUAUAUAUAUAUAUAUAUAUAUAUUUAGAUCAUUUGUUUUGGUUUUGCUCACGAUUUUUAUAUGCAUUUAAUUUGUGCUUGAAAACUUAGCGAAUCGUCACGCUAUGUAGAAUAAAUCUGUGAUUGUAUUCCAUAGGCCUAUAAAUGGGCCUUGUGUAUUUAAAUAUAAAUGUGUAUUGUCAUCCCGUCCGUCCACAAUAACUUGUGAAUGAAGACUUUGCCGAUCAGAGUUCUUAAAAAUUUGCAGGAAUUGUGCUUUGGGCCAAAAGAAUUUUUCAUUCGCUAAUUGUGGACUGUGGAGUUAUCUACCCAUAUGAAAGCUUGUGAAUGCGAUACAGGACUAAGUUCACAACAGGAUUAAAAUCUGAGUGACCUUGUUAAAAAAGAUUCCUAUUGAUUUGUAGAAAUUAUUUGUUACCAUGCAUGUACAUAAUAACAGUUUCUUAAGCUUAUACAAUUUUCUUAUUUAUAUUCAAACUAAUAAAAUGAUAUAACAAUGUAUAUUUAAAGGGACAACAACACUCUUACUGGCUUGACAGCUCCAGAAAAUAAAAAAUAGCCCUAUUCUAAGUACUAGAUGUGUUAGUGUCCUACCUGUUGUGUAAAUUAUCCAUUAAAUCCUAUUUUACUUGUCCAGAGGGUUCAAAAAUAUUUUUAAAUCCAAGUCACAUUUGAAAAGCUUUACGUCAGGCUUUUCAAAUCAUUUAGUUGAAUUUUUCCAAUUUUUUAAAUUAGGUGUGUUAAGAUGAAAUUUGUAUCAUCAAUUAAUUGGAAUAUUGUAAAAUAGUACAAUUUGUUUACUAGAAUAAAGAUUGGGACAUAUUAUUCAGUUACAACAAGAGUGGUAUUGAGCCUUUAAAAAAACCCAUUUGUUGUGUUAAAUGGUUGUGAUAAUAGAUGAUAUAUAGCCGAAUCUUGGGUGAUUUAAACAACAGAUUACUGGAAAUAAGACAGAUUCUAUGGAAUAUAAUUACUAAGCUCGUUAAUGGUAUACCAUAGAAUGGUGUCCAAUGUAUUUCCAGUUCAAUGGUUAAAUUCUAAUUAAAUAGUUUUUUUUAAAGAGAUAACUUAUAAUAUUUACAUUAUUAAUACAUAUUAAAAUUAUAUACAAAAUAAAGUUUAUAUAAAG